ACUUAUUUCAUUGACAAAUAUAUUUAAUAAUAACAGAAAUACUGGCCAUCAGUUAUCAGUGAUACAAAUUUCUUAAAUUUCUUAACAUAAUUGUCAAUAUACACACCAAAUCAGUGAGAAACAUACAAAUUCAAUAAAGAAAAGGAAAUCAGAACAAUGAAAUUCUAUUAUAUUUUAUUAAUGAUUCUAUAUUUGUUCGUAUUAUCUAAUGGACAUAUGGAUGAAGAUGUUUAUCAAUCAGAAUAUGCACUCUAUCCUCCAUAUCCUUACAUGUCAGAUGAUCAAAUGGCAGAAAUGUUGGAUAACAAAGUAAAACACUCUAUGCUUGAGAAUAAAGGUAAAUGGUAUGCCAAUGAUCCAGAUAAUAGAGUGUUCUAUGUACAUCGUAGACGAUUUACACGUCCAUAUGGUCGAUAAUUGAAAAACAGAAAAGAUUAGCAAAUGAAAAUAAUCAAGCCAGCAAUUGUACCUUGUUGUUUUGAAUGUUGAAAAUGAAAAUUGACAAAAUCUAUUCAAUGAAUUUAAUGCUUACAUUCAGUUGAAAAUGUUGUGUAUUUAUUAUUAUUAUUAUUCUAAGAAAAUGAAAUAAUCUUUCCUUCCUAAUUUGUGUUUGUUAAUCAAGUAAAAAUUUCAUAAUUUGCAAGUGAUAUUUAAAUAGCAAGAAUAAGUUCUCAAAAAAGGAAUAAAAAUAUAUCUCUAGUAAAUAAUUGUUAUUUUCAAUUAGGGUUAUGAAGAUUAGUGUUUUUACACAUUUGAAAUCAUCAAUCAGUCAUUGUUGUACCACCAUUGGAAACCUGGAAGCACUGGACGGCCGUUUCGUCGUGGUAUAGGACUCAUCAGCAGUGCGCAUCCAAGACUCGUGCACAUCGCAGGAUUCGAACUC